GAAAACAGUGUCAAAGAUGGCGGCCGCCGCCGGAACAGGUAUUGUAGUUCCCAGAAACUUCCGGCUGCUGGAGGAGCUGGAUGAUGGUCAGAAGGGACAGGGAGAUGGUACCGUGAGCUGGGGCCUCACAGAUGAUACGGACAUGACGUUAACUGCCUGGAGUGGCAUGAUCAUCGGGCCCCAAAAGACAGCCUUCGAAGGCAGAAUAUACAGCCUGAAAGUAGAAUGUGGAGAUAGGUACCCAGAACAACCCCCGACUGUCCGCUUUUUGAGCAAGAUCAACAUGACCUGUGUAAACAGUUCAAAUGGUGUGGUGGACCUGAAGGCAGUGCCGGUGUUGGCCAAGUGGAAAAACUCGUACUGCAUUCGGACAGUGCUGCAGGAGCUCAGAAAUCUCAUGUGCUCGAAAGAGAACAGCAGGCUUUCCCAGCCGCCCGAAGGCCAAAUGUAUGGCAACUGAUGACGCUCCUGCUGCUGCUGCCCCUCCCCGUCACACCUACACACACACGCACACACACAUACACACACAUACGCACACACAUAUUUAACACUGACUCUACCACCGUCAUAUUAUCCAAGACUCUCAACUCCCACUUCCUCCCUUGGGGGCGUCCCAUUGGACAGAGAGGGCUGCACAGAUGAAACCCCUCCCCUCACCCAGUGCCCAGUCAUCCAUCAGAGUUCGUGGUGCAGACCACAUGUUACAAAACAAAUACUGUUCCAACUAAUCUGAUUUUUUUUUUUUUUUUUUUUUUUUUUUCAUUCUUGUGUUCGAUGUCGAUAUUGUAAAAUAACAGAUGACCUGAUGGAGUGUAUUCAUCCCGUAUGUGACCGUCAGUCCGUAUUCUAAAGCAGGGGUGUCAAACUCAUUUUAGUUCAGGGACCACAUUCAUGAUUAGUAAAAUAAAAAUAUAAUCACCUAGAUAUAAUGUCACCUCCAAACUUUGUUUUUGGAGUGAAAAAAAGU